GAUUAAAGGAUCCAGAGAAGAAGGCAAGCAAACAUAUAUAUAAAAAAAUGAAGAAGGCGGCGGAAUUCGUGAAGCAGAUAAUAAACAUGUUGACUGGUUUAGCAAAGGAUAAGACGAAGGAGCUUAAGAGGAAGACACGAGCCUUCAAGACACGUCUCGUUAUAUUCUCGCUCCUCCACAACAGACACAUGGUGGUGAGCUCUUUGUCUCACAAGCUUAAGACCAACCCAACCUCGAAAAAGAUAGAUCAUGAUAAUCAUCACAAGGAUCAUGAUCAAAACAUGGUGGUGGUGUAUAGCCACAACGUUAACGCCAUGUCUAGCACUCCUGUCUCUCCUCAUGUAGAAUAUCAAUAUGCCGAGGAGGAAGAAGAAGAAGAGGAAGAGGAGGAGGAAGGAAAGUAUCCAGACUUGAGGCACUCGCUGUUUGAGGCAGAGGGUUCAGUAAUAGACAUGGUGAAGCAUUCCAAGGAGGACAAGGGAGAAGAGUUUCGGUUGGAAGAUGAGAUCGACAGAGUUGCUGACCUUUUCAUUACUCGUUUCCACCGACAGAUGUGGUUGCAGAAGCAACUGUCUCUCGAAAGCCCAGACGCUUCCUCACCAUUACAAUCUUAAUGAUAUGCACUCCCUCAUUGUUUUUUUUUUUUGGGGGCCAAGGACGAUGCAGUGAUCCUUAUAGAUUUUGUUUACGUAGAGAUAUGUGAAAACGGGACAUGUUUAUUUGUUUUUCCUUCAACCUGUAUCUAACAAAGUCCCCCCUAGCCUCUUCGUUCAAGGCUCAUUACAGAAAUAAACACACAGUUUUCUUCUU